UCAACCAGUGUGCCGUAUGGCUACCCUCAAAGACAUUUCUGUCCGUUUAAAGUCGAUUAAGAACAUUCAAAAAAUAACGGCUUCCAUGAAAAUGGUAUCAGCUGCAAAAUUUGCGAAGGCUGAGCGCGAUCUAAGACCAGCUAAGGCCUACGGAAAUGGAGCUAAAGCAUUCUACCAAUGCGCUGAGAUAGGUGAAGCAGACAAGCCGCUGUCUGGCCAUCUCAUCAUAGCCGUCACCUCAGAUAGAGGUCUCUGUGGGGCUGCCCAUAGUAGCGUUGUUAAGGCUAUCCGUGAGUGUGUUCGAGCUACUCCAGAGGUAGAAACCACUCGAUUAGUUCUAAUAGGAGAUAAAUCGCGGGGCAUGUUGGUCCGUCAAUACGGUGCAAAUGUCCUUUUUACUUUUAGUGAGGUCGGUCGGAAACCACCAACCUUCGAAGAUGCCUCAUUUAUUGCUCAAUCUAUAAUGUCGAGUGACUUUAAAUUUGAUAAAGCUUCUCUCUAUUUUAAUGUGUUCAAGUCUGUCGUAUCCUAUUCAACUACGGCACAACCACUAUACGGAAUCGAUACUAUUUCACGUUCUCAAAAAUUAAGCAUAUAUGAUGAGAUUGACGAAGAAGCACUCAGAUGCUACAAUGAGUUCUUGCUCACUUCCUUCAUUUAUUAUGCCUUAAAGGAAGCUUCGUGCAGUGAGCAAUCAGCUCGAAUGACGGCAAUGGAUUCUGCGACUAAAAACGCGGAUGAGAUGACGCAAAAGCUAACGUUGGCCUUUAACCGCACUCGCCAAGCUGCGAUCACCAAAGAGCUGACUGAAAUUAUCUCCGGCGCAGCCGCUGUUUAG